UCCCUCCUCCUCUCCCUCUCGCUCCUUCCUUUCCCGGAGAGCGGAGAGGACUGAGAGGAGGGCGGGCGGCCGGCCCCGGAGGAGGGGGGCUCCGAGCGGGGACUGUGACUAGAAGGAGCAGUAGCAGCAGCAGCAGGAGAAGAUGCUGAGGAUGCGGACCACCGGGUGGGCGCGCGGCUGGUGCCUGAGCUGCUGCCUCCUCUUGCCGCUCUCGCUCAGCCUGGCGGCCGCCAAGCAACUCCUCCGGUACCGGCUGGCCGAGGAGGGCCCGGCCGACGUUCGCAUCGGCAACGUCGCCUCGGACCUGGGCAUCGUGACCGGCUCCGGGGAGGUGACUUUCAGCCUGGAAUCGGGUUCGGAGUACCUGAAGAUCGACAACCUCACGGGCGAGCUGAGCACGAGCGAGCGGCGCAUCGACCGCGAGAAGUUGCCCCAGUGUCAGAUGAUCUUCGACGAGAACGAGUGCUUCUUGGACUUCGAGGUGUCGGUGAUCGGGCCGUCGCAGAGCUGGGUGGACCUGUUCGAGGGUCGGGUCAUCGUGCUGGAUAUCAACGACAACACGCCCACCUUCCCGUCGCCGGUGCUCACGCUCACGGUGGAGGAGAACCGGCCGGUGGGCACGCUCUACUUGCUGCCCACCGCCACCGACCGCGACUUCGGCCGCAACGGCAUCGAGCGCUACGAGCUGCUCCAGGAGCCCGGGGGCGGCGGCGGCGGCGAGGGCCGGCGCCCCGGGGCUGCCGACAGCGCCCCCUACCCCGGGGGCGGCGGGAACGGCGGCGGCGGCGGCCCCAAGAGGCGGCUGGACUCGCCCGAGGGCGGCGGCGGCGGCGGCGGCACCAACCCCGGCGGCGGCGGCCGGAGCAGCGUGUUUGAACUGCAGGUGGCCGACACCCCGGAUGGCGAGAAGCAGCCGCAGCUGAUCGUGAAGGGGGCGCUGGACCGCGAGCAGCGCGACUCGUACGAGCUGACCCUGCGGGUGCGUGACGGCGGCGAGCCGCCCCGCUCCUCGCAGGCCAUCCUGCGGGUGCUCAUCACCGACGUGAACGACAACAGCCCCCGCUUCGAGAAGAGCGUGUACGAGGCCGACCUGGCGGAGAACAGCGCCCCGGGCACCCCCAUCCUGCAGCUGCGGGCCGCCGAUCUGGACGUGGGGGUCAACGGGCAGAUCGAGUACGUGUUCGGCGCCGCCACCGAGUCGGUGCGGCGGCUGCUACGCCUCGACGAGACCUCGGGCUGGCUCAGCGUCCUGCACCGCAUCGACCGCGAGGAGGUCAACCAGCUGCGCUUCACCGUCAUGGCCCGCGACCGCGGGCAGCCCCCCAAGACGGACAAGGCCACGGUGGUGCUCAACAUCAAGGACGAGAACGACAACGUGCCGUCCAUCGAGAUCCGCAAGAUCGGCCGCAUCCCCCUCAAGGACGGGGUGGCCAACGUGGCCGAGGACGUGCUGGUCGACACGCCCAUCGCCCUGGUGCAGGUGUCGGACCGAGAUCAAGGCGAGAAUGGGGUGGUCACCUGCACCGUGGUGGGCGACGUGCCCUUCCAGCUCAAGCCGGCCAGCGACACCGAGGGCGACCAGAACAAGAAGAAGUACUUCCUGCACACUUCGGCCCCGCUGGACUAUGAGACCACCCGGGAGUUCAAUGUGGUCAUCGUGGCGGUGGACUCGGGCAGCCCCAGCCUCUCCAGCAACAAUUCCCUGAUUGUCAAGGUGGGGGACACCAAUGACAACCCGCCCGUCUUCGGCCAGUCCGUGGUAGAAGUGUACUUCCCCGAGAACAACAUCCCCGGGGAGAGAGUGGCCACUGUGCUGGCCACCGACGCGGACAGCGGGAAGAACGCAGAGAUCGCCUACUCGCUGGACUCCUCCGUGCUGGGGAUCUUCACCAUCGACCCUGAUUCCGGGGACAUCCUGGUCAACACCGUGCUGGACCGCGAGCAGACAGACAGGUAUGAGUUUAAAGUGAAUGCCAAAGACAAAGGCGUGCCUGUGCUGCAGGGCAGCACCAGGGUGAUCGUGCAGGUGGCUGACAAGAAUGACAAUGACCCUAAGUUUAUGCAGGACGUCUUUACCUUUUAUGUGAAAGAAAACUUACAGCCCAACAGCCCCGUGGGCAUGGUCACGGUGAUGGAUGCUGACAAGGGGCGCAACGCAGAGAUGAGCUUGUAUAUAGAAGAGAACAGUAAUAUCUUUUCCAUUGAAAAUGACACUGGGACCAUUUACUCCACCAUGUCCUUUGACCGGGAACACCAGACCACCUACACGUUCCGAGUCAAAGCUGUGGAUGGGGGAGAUCCCCCUCGAUCGGCCACUGCCACUGUUUCUCUCUUCGUGAUGGAUGAGAAUGACAAUGCCCCCACGGUCACCCUUCCAAGAAAUAUUUCCUACAUUUUAUUGCCACCUUCGAGUAACAUCAGAACAGUAGUAGCUACAGUGCUGGCAACAGACAGUGAUGAUGGCAUCAAUGCAGAUCUUAACUAUAGCAUUGUGGGAGGGAAUCCCUUCAAGCUCUUUGAGAUUGAUGCCACUAGUGGUGUGGUUUCCUUAGUGGGCAAACUCACCCAGAAGCAUUACGGCUUACACAGGUUGGUGGUGCAAGUGAAUGACAGUGGGCAGCCUUCCCAGUCCACCACAACUCUAGUGCAUGUGUUUGUCAAUGAGAGUGUUUCCAAUGCCACCGUGAUUGACUCCCAGAUAGCCAGAAGUUUGCACACUCCGCUCACCCAGGAUAUAGCUGGUGACCCCAGCUAUGAAAUGAGCAAACAGAGACUCAGUAUCGUCAUCGGGGUGGUAGCUGGAAUUAUGACGGUGAUUCUCAUCAUCUUAAUUGUAGUGAUGGCAAGGUACUGCAGGUCCAAAAAUAAAAAUGGCUAUGAAGCAGGCAAAAAAGAUCACGAAGACUUUUUUACACCCCAACAGCAUGAUAAAUCUAAAAAGCCUAAAAAAGACAAGAAAAACAAAAAGUCAAAGCAGCCUCUCUACAGCAGCAUUGUCACUGUAGAAGCUUCUAAACCAAAUGGACAGAGGUAUGACAGUGUCAAUGAGAAGCUCUCAGACAGCCCCAGCAUGGGGCGGUACCGGUCAGUGAAUGGUGGGCCUGGCAGUCCUGACCUGGCCAGGCAUUACAAAUCGAGUUCCCCAUUGCCCACUGUCCAGCUUCACCCCCAGUCACCAACUGCAGGAAAAAAACACCAGGCCGUACAAGAUCUACCACCAGCCAACACAUUUGUGGGAGCAGGAGACAACAUUUCGAUUGGAUCAGAUCACUGCUCCGAAUACAGCUGUCAAACCAAUAACAAGUACAGCAAACAGCCAUUUCGUAGAGUGACGUUUUCUGUUGUGAGUCAGCCCCAGGACCCUCACCAGGGGUCCCUGCAGAGUUGCUAUGACAGCGGGCUGGAGGAGUCAGAAACACCAAGCAGUAAGAGUUCAUCAGGGCCAAGACUGGGUGCCCUUCCACUCCCAGAAGACAACUAUGAAAGGACCACGCCGGAUGGCAGUGUUGGUGAGGCAGAGCAUAUGGAAAAUGAUUCAAGACCUCUUCCUGAUGUUGCCCUGACCGGGAAGUGCACACGGGAAUGUGAUGAGUAUGGCCACUCAGACUCCUGCUGGAUGCCAGUCCGCACCUCCCCGGAGCGGAAGAAGAGCCAGCCCAAACUCUCCACCUUCAUGCCUGUUGAUGAGCGAGGAAGCCAGGAGAAGCUGGCCAAUGGCGAGGCUGCCAUCAUGGGUGACCGUAACAGAAACCUCCUGAACAAAAAGUUGACCUCCUCCUACGAGACCUUCAGCGCAGCUAGUUUCAGCAAAAGUGAGGAAGCCAACCCUGAGGAUAUUCCCCUGACAAAAACAGGGGAAUACAAGCCAUCUCCUGUCAAUACUCUCACUAGAAGAGAAGUGUACCUGUAGGCUAAAGGAGCAACAGCAAAAUUCUUUUUCUGUAUGAGAAGGAGAAUAAGGGGUGACACUGACAAAGAGAAAGUGUAUAAUCGAAACGAGGGGGCUACCAAAGAGACAAAGCUCUGCCUGCCACUUCUGCCUCCACAUCAGGCCUUGAGUGAUACUAGGAGCCUGAUUGUAAUGUACUAUGUAGAAACCAUCCUUGUUACUUGCAUGUCUGAUCCCCUCACUGAUUCCUAACACCCACUUUUCCUCUUCUGCACCCCCCCAAAAAAAGGAAAAAAAAAACAAAAACAAAACAAAAAAGAUGGUUGCAAGUUUCUUUUAUGGUUACAAGCCUGAUUAGCAGAACACAACACACAUUCAUUUUCCCUUAGCUGAAGCAUGAUUGUAGUCACUUUGAUUUAGUUUGAGUGUUAUCCGGCUGGUCAAAGGGAAAAAAAAUAGCAAAUUAGGAAAAAUGUAUUUCAGAGGAAUUCCGUUUGCCCUUCACCAUCAUGAAGGGUAACCCCUCACAAGUGAUCCAAUUCAGAGUACCUCAAAAAACACAACCCUUACAAAGAGGGACUCUAGUAUGGCAUUUGGGAAGAUCCCAGCUUUGAUAUUUUAAUUUAAAAAAUGAGAGUAAAACAAUACCCAGUUGGUGAGUGUUGUCCCAAGUUGUCAUACGUUAUUCUUUUCAAGUCAGAAGCAUUAAUCAACUUCAUGUAUUCAUUGAAUAUAAUUAAGUGUAGACACAAUCUUGAUUAAAUAUAUCUGUUACACUAGUUAUAACUUGUAAAAGUAUACAUAUCUAUUUUUCUGAACAGCAUCACUAUUAUAAACUAACUGGAACAAUUGUGUCAUUAAAAGGCCAAAGAACAUAAGGCAGAUCAGGGAAAUUAUGAAAUAGAUUUGGUCUUGACAAGAAAAUCCAUUCAACAACAAAAGUAACUGAAUCCAUGCACUCAAAGUAGCUCAGAGACUGUUUUGUUUUACGUUGUCUCUAUACCCAGAAAAUAUGUUUUUAUUUGUAAAUUUGUUUUAUUUGAAAUCAUAGAAAAUGAAAAACUAAUGAGCCCUCUUUGUGGAUUAUACUGGGUAAUUAGUUUUAAAAAGUAUCAGGGAAGAUUCCAGUUAAAAAACAAAACAAAAAAAUGUGUUGUGGCUAGAUUUUGGACAGAAAGACAUAUUGCAUACAGUCAUAGAAAAACAUCCACUCUUACCAUAAUUGAAGAUAAGCUAUGCUCGCUAGUACUAUUAUCCAUAUUGCAAGAGGCCAACGGCAUACUUUGCUUGUUCUAUGCACACUUUCAUAUAAUACAAGUGCAUUAAUUCUGAAUCCUGUGCAAUACAAAACUAUUUCAAGACAGCAUUGAAAUAAGGUGACACUUCGUUGCCAAUGUGGUUUAAGCAGUAUAUACAUAUAUAUGCAUAUAUUUGUGUGUACAUAUAUAUGCAUAUAUAUCCUAAGACAAAUUCAAACUAAACACAAAAUUAAUUUUAGGUGGCGAUGUAUCUUCAAGUGUACAUCUCAAAGUGGAAACUAUGCAGUUGUGUGUGUGUAUGUAUGUGUAGUAAAAUGAAAUAUGAAGGCCAGGGAAACAACAAAUUGCCUUGCCACACACCCAAGGUAGGUUGCAAUCCAGGUACCACAAACAGACCCCUGAGCCCUGUCAGGAGAGAUCCCUGAGCACAGAGCAGGGAUUAUGGCAUGAACACUGCUGGGUGUGACCCCAAACUACCAAACAAAGGAAGCAGAAAAAACAAACAAAAAAUAUAGGAUAUGCAGCCACUUGUUCUUUAGAGGAAGAUAUAAUGCAAGUGGAACUUCACCUGGGACAUGCACACAAAAGUGACAAUCUAGGGCCAGAAUAGGGGGUAGCAGGAGAAAAGAGCAAACAUUUCCAUCACUGAAUGCUUAUGACCUGGUUUUGGCAUUGCCUUGAUGGCUCUCUAGAAAACUGUAAAAACAAUGUAGCUUUGGGUAGUUUAAUGCUUUACAGAAUUUCAUAGACUUUAAAACAUCCUGGAAUAUAGGUUGUAAAUUUGCUCUCUAAGUGAUUAAAAUGUUUAUCUUUUCAAGCCACUUCUUUGUUUGAUGGGGUUUCUCUUUGGGGGUCAUUUCCUUAAAAUCAUUUUUUAAAUGGAGUUUUCAUGUUAAUGUUAGUUUUUGUACAGUAGUUAGAAUGAAAGACGGUAUGUAAUUGAAGCAAAAACAUUGGACUAAAAUAUCAAUAAUUGAACAUGGCUAUGUCUGAUUAUUUACAUUAUGGAAAGAUGCAAUUCUAGUACUUUGUUAGGAAACUGCAUUAAAGCAGUUCUGCCUUGUAUAAUCUGUAAGUACCUAUUAAGACAAAAUAAUUCUAAAGAUACUUAUGAAAAUGUAUACAUAUUUUUCUUGCACGUUACAGAAGAAAUACUCAAUUGCAUAACACAGAUGUUGAACAAAUUUUUAAUGCAUUUAUUCUUUCUUUCACGAGACACUUCAAACCAUUAGAUAGCUCAUUUCACUCUAUCUUGAAAACCCUCUGUUGUCUAUAAAGCUGAUAUGGGUCUUACUGGACCUUCAGAUUAAUUGGAUAGACAUGCCCAGAUGACAUUUUCACCACAUUCAAGAAAGCUAUGCCAUUGUCAUUUAAUUUGUGAGCCUCUCUUUAGAACUAAAAUGGGUGUGAAAGAAUAAAUUUUCAGUGUACUGUAAGUAUUUGCAGUAAUUCGAGUAGAAUUAGCUAUCAUAACAUGUUUAUUAUAUAAUGAGCUGGCAUGACACAGAAAUAUAUUUUGUGUUUGUAUGACUUUUAUUUUGAAUAGGUUAAAACUGGUGCCACUCCAUAUAUAGAGUGCUUUUGAAAAAAAUCAAUAAAAAGAAGCAAAAAAAUAAAUAAAUGAGUGAAUGCAAAAUAAGCAACUGUGCCUUUUAUACCUGUUGUUAUGGUAAAAAAAAAAAAAGGUUGUUUGGUUUGGACAAUGAGGGGAAAUGGGCUAUUCCCAACUUUUUUGAUCUUGUAUAUUUAUCCAUGUUUAUUUUCUGAAAAUAAAAAAUAAUAUAUUAAAAAUUUGCCUUCUCACAAACUCAGAUAAUGGACCAGUCUUAAAUAUUAUUCAUUUAUAAAAUUAAGACAUUAAUAUGGGCUGCAUGAUACCGACUAGAAUGUUACAGCAUUUAUUAUAGUAGCUACCCAGAGAGUUCAUCAGAUUUAAAAUCAAUCCAUUUUACAAAGUAAAACAUUGAUUUAGAAUUGUCUAUUUUUGGGUUUUUUCCCCUUUAGCUGCUGUUUCAAUUUUUUGUUGUACAAUUAUUUAAAAAAAAAUUCCAUUUUUGUUUUGUACUCAAGAAUAUCAAGUGAACUUUGCAUGCAUAUACAUUAGGGCGCAUUUAUAAAUUAAUGAGUAACUAUAUAAAUUUAUGUGUAUUAAAAUGUCUGUAGAUUCAGUCUAAAAUCUAAUGUUUGAUCUGAAGCUCCAGAUAUCACUUUUGUAUAGUUUCUGACUGGCCUGCUGCCUGAGUUUCAAAAAACAAAGAAGGCGUUAUUUUUAUGCGAAGUGGAACUAAGAUGUUACUGAAAAUACCUGACUGAAAGAUCCCCUAGGAAGCUGUCUGAUAGGGAAUAAAUGUAUUAAACCACACAGACCAGAAGCAAUUUGCAAGAUGCAGCCAUUCUAAUAGUGUCAUGAGAAACCUGGAGACCUAAAUCGUUUUAAUUAUAUUUUAUUGGUGAUAAAUAUACAAUAUGCACUUUAAGGGGGAAAGAAAAGAAGAUGGGCAUGAAUAUGUUAAGCUUGCUAGUUGUGACCUAGACAGAGCUUCCAUAACAUCUCAGAGGAAGGCCUCAUUUUCCCAGCUUACUAGGGUUUACUUUCAGACAAUAUUUCUUCCAUUUUAAAGCACUUGCAUUCAGUGUGGUACGAUCUGUUUGUAAUGUUAACCAUUGACUACUGUUCUGCUACUUGGAUGUUGAUAGUGAAGCAAAGAACAAUUUAUCAUCGUUUAUUAUGAGUCACUAUGCACGAAACUAUGCUAAACACGACGAAAUGUAUCAAACACUCGUCCAACUAUUUAUGAACUAUUUUACAUAAUUUAAUUUGCUUUUGUACAGUUUUAUGUAAAUAAAUUGCUUGUCACUUUUGUCUCUGCAAAUUAAAAUAUAACAUGGUCAAAUGGUU